AUGAGCCGUGGUGACGAGAAUAGCGAAACGCUGGGUAGCAGUGACUAUGGAAUGGAUGAUCAUAAUUCUGGGGAGGGCAGCGAGCCUUACAGCUAUCACCAGGAGGAAAUUAUAGGGAUGAGCGACAGGGAUGAAGAUUACGAAGACAAUCAUUCGGGUGGCGAUUAUUAUGGCGAGGAAGGGAGCAAUGAAGAGGAAGAUCAAGGCAUUUUAGUCGGCGCAGAUGACGACAUGGAUCAUGAAAGUGAUGUAUCUGAUCGUCGAAAUCGUGGCCAUGAUACGGACAGAAGUGGUUCCACACCAUUCAGUAGAGUAAACGAAAGAUUGUUUUCUGUUCAGAAUCUUUUGGGGAACAUGGCACAGGGAUUUGAAGGUGAGAGCAAUGAUAAUGAAGGACAUAUUGGUGGUGGUGGAACACAUGUAUUUGGAACUCGGCAAGGCCUUGGAAACUUAGCGGAGGCAUUUCCGGAAAUAAUUUCAUUAAUUAACGAUGGUGUGAGGAGGGGCAAUAAUGGUGAGCGAAAUGAUAGAUUUUCAACCCUUGUUAAUAACGUUUUAAAUGCUCCAGAAGAUACCUACAUCGCAAUGGAAAGUCUAAAAGAACUUUCCCAGCACUUACUGAUGAUGGAUCAGUUAGUGCUAGAAAGAAUGCUACCUACAGAAAAGCUUUUGAAAGGAAUAAUCGGCAUUAUUUCAGACUCAGCAUUGAAUGAGGAAUUGGAAUUGCAGCUUAUGUCCUGUAGAUGCCUCUACAACUUGUUUGAAAUGAAUCCGGACACUAUAACAGCGGCGGUUGAUCAGGGGCUUAUUCCAAAUCUUCAAGUUAAGUUACAGGAGAUUAGUUAUAUUGAUUUAGCCGAACAAAUUCUGGAAACGUUAGAACUGAUAUCAAGAGUUCACGGUAAAGAAGUUCUGAGGUCGGGCGCAUUGACAGCAUGCUUACAAUACCUUGACUUUUUUACAAUACAUGCACAAAGGAAAGCUGUUACAAUAGUUUCCAAUUCAUGUUGUAAAGUACGAACAGACGAUUUCGAGAUAAUUAAAGAGAUAUUUCCUACUUUGAUACCAAUUUUUGUGAAUGGUUCUGACUUUUUAAUUUUGGAUAAAAUAUUAAAGGCUCUAUAUGGUAUUUGUGAAGGUUUACGUAAAAAACCAUUGUUGGAAUCGCUUUUUACAAUAGAUGUCAUGCAACGAUUAGCCCAGUUGGCGUCGACUCCGGAAUCCAGUUUAGAAAGCAAGGUCAGAUGCUUUGAUAUCAUUUCAGUCUUGGUGAAAGCAAGUUGCCUUCUUUCGAAGGAUUUCAUUGAAAACUGCAAUGUUGUUGAUAUUUUAUUAAACUGUUUCAAUAGUUAUUCUAAAAAUUCAAAAGCAGCCCUUCAUGAAACUUUAAUAUAUGUCCCGAAGCCACUUCUACAUGCAAUCUCACGUACAGCCGUAUUGAUCUUUCCUUCAGAGAAAGAACAAAUUCUUUCGAUGGAUAAUGCUAAAAAACCGGAUUUGCAUUUAAACAGAAAGGGGUUUGAUAAACUCAUGAAGAAUCUCACUCCACUAUUAAUUGAAAUAUAUGUAAAUACCGUCGAUUUCGAUGUUCGUCGCUUAGUUCUGAUUGCUCUAGCUAGAAUUGCAACAUGUGUCGGUAUUUCAGAAGCAGGUCCAAUAUGUGAAAGAAUCAUUGGUUUAGCUGGGUCCACCUUGGCCCAGAGUGAUUCUCUUUUGGACAAGGAAAAAGAUCAAAUAAUGGUCUCGAGCACUUUGUUCGUUGGUGUAUUAUCUUUACUUGAUAUCUUGGCUGCGAGGUUUUCAUCUAGUGUAUUAACUCCGCUCAAAAGAGAGGGCAUCUUCAAUCUAGUAAAGAGCUUGAAACGUAUGCUCCUAGAACGGAAGAAUGAAGGUACAAUUACCAUUUUCGCUCAGGAUUCUGAUAUUGAGAGGUCUCCAACCACUGAGAGUGAAGAAUUUUUUGAAGAGGAGGAAGACGACGAAGACGACGAAGACGAUGAUGAUGAUGAUGAUGAUGAUGAUGAUGAUGAUGAUGGUGAUGACGAAUAUGAUAUGCAGUUUAGCACAAUGGAUAUACCAACAGAAAUCAAGCCAAACAACAUCAAAUUUGAAGUGUUGCGAUACAUGCCCCAAGACUUCAUAUAUUGGAAAAUUCUAGAACUUAGCGACCGACUGCUUACGACAUUUGACGUAGAUGAAGGUGUCGUGAGCGAGGAGUUACGUGAUAUCGAGAAAUUAGUUGAGUAUUUGCUUCAUAUCGAAUGGAAGGAGAACAAUCAGCAGAGCUGGAGAGAGCUUUGGGUCCGGAUAAGAAAUUGUAUUUUCAAGGCAGGAUUUGAAAUAUCUAGCUUCGAAUUUAUUUCAACCGGACUGGCAGCUGCGCUUGCUGCGACCAUCAGAAAGUUUGGGAUCAUUGGCUCAAUACCAAGGCGAGCAUUUUUGGAAGUGUUUCGGGAUGAUGAUGCUAAACGGCUUGUGCUUAUUUUGCAAUCAACAUUAACUAGACUUGAAUCAUUUCGCGUCACAGAAUGUGGCCUGCAGGGAAGCGAAGAAAGGGUGGCUUCUCUGGGCAAGCAUGUAAAAAUUAAGCUUGUUUAUGAUGAAGAUUCUGAUAUUGACCAAAUUGGGCAAACCUUAUCAGGAUCAACGAUCCACAUUCACUGUAUUGCAUCUUUUAAAACUCUGAACGAGUUCUUAAAGCACAGAAUGGCACAGGCAAGGUUCUUGAGCUCAGUAAUGCCAAGCUUGACAUCAACUGAACCUGGUUCCUCAAAUAAUAAUGGCUUAGAAGAAGUCCGAAACUGGGUCUUUGAAUUCUCUACCGAGCAGGAAACGCUCAAACUAAAUGAUACAAUCUUUUAUGGUUUAUUUAGAGCAUACAAAGCAUCUGGGAAAGAUCUUAAUACGUUAUGGCAUGAGCCACAGGUCAUCAAAUUUAAGAAAGUUAAUGAAACUGUCGCGCAAGUUGAGUCUUUGAUGGCACUAUAUGACCAUGAACUUGACGAUAAGAACGAAAUCUUGAAGCCGGCAGAUGAUAUCUUCACACUUUUGAAAUUUUUGAGAAUCAAGGAGCUUCCAAGUGACAUCUUUAUCAACUCAAAGUUAAGUGCCAAGUUGUCGAGACAGUUAGAAGAGCCCCUGGUUGUAGCAAGCGGGCUUCUGCCUCAUUGGACUCUGCAGCUUACAAAGAGGUACUAUUUUCUGUUUCCUUUUGAUACCAGGUUAUUUUUUCUGCAAUGUACGUCUUUUGGUUACGGUAGAUUAAUUCAACUUUGGAGGAAUAAGACUGGGACUGUGAAAGAUUCGCAUGGUGAUGAUUCUCUACAGAAACUGGGCAGGAUAACAAGACACAAGUUGCGCAUAUCUAGAAGCUCGAUGUUUUUAAGCGGUCUGAAAAUCCUGGAUAAAUAUGGAUCAAGUCCCAGCGUCUUAGAAAUUGAAUAUCAAGAUGAAGUUGGGACCGGUUUGGGGCCUACAUUGGAAUUCUAUGCGUCUGUGUCGAGAGAGUUUACCAAAAAAAACUUGCAAAUAUGGCGUUAUGAUCGAUACGCGCAUCAAGACGCCGAUUAUGUGGCUACCCCUUUGUUUCCUGCACCACUUGACCCGAAGGAAGACAACGAAAAAGUUCUUGAACUGUUCCUUCAUUUAGGGACAUUUGUGGCUAGGUCCAUGUUAGACAACAGAAUCUUGGAUUUCAACUUCAAUAGGGUUUUCUUCGAGUUAACUCACAGAAGAUGCAGAAGUAGAAACAAUAUGAAGUUUCAUGAAGAUCUCGAAGAUAAUUUAUUUUUAUUGUCUCUUGUGGACGGCCAUUUGGCUAAGUCCUUGAAAUUCCUCUAUGACCACAGAGACAGUGAGGUUGAUUUGGAACAGCUAACACUUUUUUUCACUUUGCCAGGCUACGAUAUAGAUUUGAUAGAGAAUGGAUCAAGCAUACAAGUCACCAAUCAAAACGUUGAAAACUAUAUCACCCUUGUGAUUGAUUUUGUCCUGGCAAGUGGUAUCAAAGAACAACUGGACCGUUUUAUCGAUGGGUUUUCCAAGGUGUUUCCCUAUACUUCUUUACUGUUACUGGAUCCAGAUGAGCUAGUUGGCUUAUAUGGUAAUUUCCAAGAGGACUGGUCCUCUGCGACGCUAUACGCAACCAUCAAUGCAGAUCAUGGGUACACUAUGGACUCACCUUCCAUUCACGAGUUGGUAUCUAUCAUGGGAUCUUUUUCCAUACAAGAAAGACGUCUUUUCUUACAGUUUUUGACGGGUUCACCAAAGCUUCCAAUAGGUGGAUUCAAGAGCCUCAAACCCAAACUGACGGUAGUUUUGAAGCAUCCCGACGACAAUUUAACUGCAGACGCAUAUCUCCCAAGUGUUAUGACCUGUGCAAACUACUUCAAAUUACCAAAGUACAGUGAUCGGAACAUGAUGCGGUCCAGGAUCGUUCAGGCAAUGAACGAAGGAAUGGGACCUUUUCUGUUAUCCUGA